AUGUAUGCAAAUGAGUUAAAAUGGCAGAAGCAGUAGCAAGAAGAUUACUUAAAGAACUCAAGGAUUAUCAAAAAGAACCAAAUCCAGAUCUUGCCAAGUUAUCUCCCAUAUCAGAUGAUAACAUUUUGGUUUGGAAUGCAGUUUUGCGUGGAGAGUCGGAUACUCCUUACGAAGGAGGUCAUUGGACUUUACGUAUUGAAAUUCCAAAAACAUAUCCAAUUCACCCACCAAAAAUCAAGUUCUUAACGAGAAUAUGCCAUCCAAACAUCUCUUUCAAAACCGGAGAAAUAUGUCUCGAUAUCCUGAAAACAGCUUGGAGUCCUGCGUGGACUUUGCAGUCCGCGUGUAUGGCGAUCAGAUUAUUGUUGUCAAAUCCGGAACCGACAAGUCCACUAAAUUGCGAUGCUGCAAAUUUGCUUCGAUGCGGUGAUUUUAUGGGGUAUGAAUCUUUAGUGAAGAUGUACACUCAGCUUUACGCAAUGGAUCAACAAGAAAACGAAGCAAAUAGUUAAGAUAACAAUUAAUAUCAGUUUAUAUCAAUUCAAUUUAUAGCAAUUUAUAUUGUUAUGUCAAACUAGAUGUAAGCUUUAUAUUGGUUUUUAAUAACAUUAUAGUAUUAUAUAUAGAAAAGAAUUUAAAUAAUG